AGAGGCUGAGGAGGCGCCAGGGGGCGGGGGAGGUUCGGGAGCGGGAGGUGACGGCGGCGGCGCGGAGGAGCCAGCGGCUGGGCCCGGGCCCCGUGCGUCUGUCCGCGCCCCGUGGAUGCGAAUCGGCCGCGGCGGCGGCGGAGGAGUCGGAGUCGGUGGGCCGGCUCCGGGCCGGUGGGAGCGCGGAGGAUGAGGCCGCGGCCGGGUGUUCCCGGCGUGGCGGCGGCCGCCGCGCUGUUGCUGCUGCUGCUGCCCCGGGCCCGGGCGGACGAGCACGAGCACACGUAUCAAGAUAAAGAAGAAGUGGUCUUAUGGAUGAAUACUGUUGGACCCUAUCACAAUCGCCAAGAGACAUAUAAGUACUUUUCACUUCCAUUCUGUGUGGGGUCAAAAAAAAGUAUUAGCCAUUACCAUGAAACUCUGGGAGAAGCACUUCAAGGAGUUGAAUUGGAAUUUAGUGGCCUGGACAUUAAAUUCAAAGAUGAUGUGAUGCCAGCCACUUAUUGUGAAAUUGACUUAGAUAAAGAAAAGAGAGAUGCAUUUGUAUAUGCAAUAAAAAACCACUACUGGUACCAGAUGUACAUAGAUGACUUACCAAUCUGGGGUAUUGUUGGUGAAGCAGAUGAAAAUGGAGAGGAUUACUAUCUGUGGACCUACAAAAAACUUGAAAUAGGUUUUAAUGGGAAUCGAAUUGUUGAUGUUAAUCUAACUAGUGAAGGGAAAGUGAAAUUAGUUCCUAACACAAAAAUCCAGAUGUCAUAUUCAGUAAAAUGGAAAAAAUCAGAUGUAAAAUUUGAAGAUCGCUUUGACAAAUACCUGGACCCAUCCUUUUUUCAACACAGGAUUCACUGGUUUUCAAUUUUCAAUUCCUUUAUGAUGGUGAUCUUCUUGGUUGGCUUGGUUUCAAUGAUUUUAAUGAGAACUUUAAGAAAAGAUUAUGCCCGAUAUAGUAAAGAAGAAGAAAUGGACGACAUGGAUAGAGACCUAGGAGAUGAGUAUGGAUGGAAGCAAGUGCAUGGAGAUGUAUUUAGACCAUCAAGUCAUCCACUGAUAUUUUCCUCUCUCAUUGGUUCUGGAUGUCAGAUAUUUGCUGUGUCUCUCAUUGUUAUUAUUGUUGCAAUGAUAGAAGACUUAUAUACAGAGAGAGGAUCAAUGCUCAGUACAGCCAUAUUUGUCUAUGCUGCUACAUCUCCAGUGAAUGGUUAUUUUGGAGGAAGUCUGUAUGCUAGACAAGGAGGAAGGAGAUGGAUAAAGCAGAUGUUUAUCGGGGCAUUCCUUAUCCCAGCGAUGGUGUGCGGCACUGCUUUCUUCAUCAAUUUUAUUGCAAUUUAUUAUCAUGCUUCUAGAGCCAUUCCCUUUGGAACAAUGGUGGCUGUUUGUUGCAUCUGUUUUUUUGUUAUUCUCCCUCUAAACCUUGUUGGUACAAUACUUGGCCGAAAUCUGUCAGGUCAGCCCAACUUUCCUUGUCGUGUCAAUGCAGUGCCUCGUCCCAUACCGGAGAAAAAAUGGUUCAUGGAGCCUGCAGUUAUUGUUUGCUUAGGAGGAAUUUUACCUUUUGGCUCAAUCUUCAUUGAAAUGUAUUUCAUCUUCACGUCUUUCUGGGCAUAUAAGAUCUAUUAUGUCUAUGGAUUCAUGAUGCUGGUGCUGGUUAUCCUGUGCAUUGUGACUGUCUGUGUGACCAUUGUGUGCACAUACUUUCUACUAAAUGCAGAGGACUAUAGGUGGCAAUGGACGAGUUUUCUCUCUGCUGCAUCAACUGCAAUCUAUGUUUACAUGUAUUCCUUUUACUACUAUUUUUUCAAAACAAAGAUGUAUGGCUUAUUUCAAACAUCCUUUUACUUUGGAUAUAUGGCGGUAUUUAGCACAGCCUUGGGAAUAAUGUGUGGAGCAAUUGGUUACAUGGGAACAAGUGCCUUUGUCCGAAAAAUCUAUACUAACGUGAAAAUUGACUAGAGACCCAAGAAAACUUGGAACUUCGGAUCAACUUCUUUUUCACAGGGGUAGAACUUGCAACAGUAUAAAAAGCGCAAGAAGAACUUUGGGUUUUAACACUGGGUAUUUUGUGGGUCUCUUUUUCAUGGAUGGCUUAAAGUAACAUCUAUUUCCAUUGAUCCUAGGUUCUUACUGACUGCUUUCUCCAACUGUUCACAGCAAAUGCUUGGAUUUUAUGCAGUAGGCAUUACUACAGUACAUGGCUAAUCUUCCCAAAAACUAGCUCAGUAAAGAUGAAGUAGACCAGCUCUCUUCAGUGAAGAGGACAAAUAGUUUAUUUAAAGCAUUUGUUCCAAUAAAAUAAAUAGAGGGAAACUUGGAUGCUAAAAUUACAUGAAUAGGAAUCUUCCUGGCAUUUAAUGUUUCUACGUUAUUGAAAAAUGAUGUUCCAGAAAGAUUACUUUUUUUUCCCCUUAUUUUUACUGCCAUUGUCAGCCUGUUGUGGACGUUUUUAUAUAUUGAAUCUGGGUUCUUUUUUGACCUCUCCUCCCCCCGCCCCUCCCAUUCAACUGCAUCCUUUUUAAAAAAAAAGAAGAAUUAAAAAUACUAAAUCCUGCAUGUAAUAUAUCUGCUGUCAACUUAAUUGGACCAACAUCCAUUUAUUUAUCUUACAACUAUUCAGUUACAUUUUGAUUCCAUCCAAAGAAGCUACAGUGUGAAGAUAGAGGUGUACCUUCUAGAAUGCAAUUUACUGUAUAGUUAGAAAGCAAAGUGUUAAAUGGAAAAGAUAUUUGUUUCUAUUAAACAUUUUGAGAUUUAGAUAAACAACAUUUUAACUGAAUGUCUAAAGUGAUUAUCUUUUUUUCCCCUCAAGUUAAUCUUACAUCUUUUGGGGGCUUGAAUGAAGGUUUUACACAUGAAAUUAUUGAAAAAGGAGAAGGGGGUGGGUAAUAAAUGUAUAUAACAUUAAAUAAUGUAUUGUAGGUGUAGAUUCCCAAAUGCAUUUGGAUGUACAGGUUGACUGCGGAGUACUUUUUUCUGAUGACGACUGGUGUAGAAAUGUGUGAAUUUGGAUGGCUUUUUACAUCUUACUGCAUGAAACAUUGGGGUUUGUUCAAAAUAUGUGUGUUGUACUUUUUUUGGGAGGGGGGAUUGUCUUCUAUUUCCUUUGUGGGGUGGGGGAACUCCUACAGGAGUGGAAUUUGUAAUGUAGAAACACUUAAUUUUGUUAAUCUUGUCUGGGGCACUUAAAUGACAUCGAAAGCAUUAUCGCUUUAGGGUGUCAAAAUAAAAGUUCCUGACCAAAUUGUUUUGUGAAAACAUAUCUGUUUGCAAUUUGAAGAUACCUUUUCAAAAGACAGUUAUAACUAAGUAAGAAAUUUUAAACAUUGUACAAAUUGUGCUUUCCUAAUUCAAGCAACCCACACUUCAAAGACCCCCAAAGUUGUUUAACUAAUUCAGUACACUCACCAAGUGAAUAUCAAACCCUUUGAAUUUCUCACAAAAUCUAUUUAUCUGGUAUGCCCUAUGAAGUGGGAGUCAGAGUAAAAGUGGUUAGCUUACUACUGGGUGAGUAAACAAAGGUUACAGUUUUCUUAGAGAAGUGGCUUUAAUUUUGAUUACAUCUUUCUGGAACUAUUCAUAAUGUGAAGUUUUCCUAGAGUUUCUAGUUUAAUAGUUUGCUAUGCAAAUGACCACCUAAAAUAAUACUGUAGAUUGGUAUUUUUAGAAAGAACAAAAACAGCUAUAUUUAAAACUUAAUGUACACAUGCCAUUAAUAAUUACACUAGAUGUUUCCAUUACAAGAUAUUUCUAUACUGGACUUUGCCUUCUAUAAUGUGGCAUGUAAGAGUGACAGUUUUUUAUUUUAUUUUAUUAUCUUUUUUUUUUUUUUACCACUGACUUACAUAAGUAGAAAUCUGAUUGGAAUCUGUAAGUAAAUCCUCUUCUCCACGCCAAAAUGUUUAUUAAAUGUAACCAUUGAACUUUUCAGUUUUUUUCUUCCUUCCCACCUACCUUUAAAAUUCAGUAAGAUGCUGAAAGUCAUUAUUUAAUGGCUUAUGUUACUUUUAAGUAUAUGUAAACUGCUCAUAACAGCAUGUAGUUUAUUUAAUGGACUGUAAAUUGUAUAGACUUUUGUCUUAAGUGGAAUUUCUCAUGAAUCUUGCAGGUUAAAAUGAAGGUGUUUUAGAGAAUUUAUGGUUUAGCUGUUUUCAGGUAGACUUCUUUCUAAAAAUUGAGUUCUAUUUGAAAUCUUUUAGGAUUUUCAAUGAAAAAAUGAUUUUCUAAUUUCCAAAUAGAUUGAGUUCCAUUUAGAUGAAUUUUAAUCAUCUUUAAGAAAAUCUGCACCGCUUUAAUGAUUUUGUAAAGAAGACUGUGUGUAUAUGUCUAGAAGAAGCCAUAAUUCACACAUGAUUUAGUUCUUUAGUUCUCAGUUGUAGAAUAGUAAACUAGAAUAUUUAUGCUAAUUAAAGGUUGGGGUUUUUCCACUCCAUUAAUUGUGUCCCUUUCAUUUGUUAAUAUUAUUUGCUCAGCUGAUCCUUUGAACACUCAAAACUAAGGAUAAACUUUCUUUUUUGUAUCUGCAGCAUGCUUCACCUAAAAUUUAGCUUCAUAACAAAUUUAGUUGACAUGAGUAUUUUCUGGUACAAAGUUGGAUAAGGUAGUGAUGUAAUGAAGGGAUGAUAAAUCUUUUUUAUUCUAUUAUGUUGGAUACCUAGAUUGUACUAGAUUACCCACACCUUUAAAAUUGAACAUGUUGUGGUGAUGUAUGAUAAUGUGUGGUUGUGUGUUUCCCAUUGAGAGUGGAUGGACUGCUUUAUAAAAGUGGUUUCUGCAAAUUCUAGUUCUUCCAAAAACCACUAGAUUUAGGGUUUAUCCACAAAAAUGUAUUUUUUUGAUAAAAGAUUUUGCUUCCUAAAUGUUUACUGACCACUUUAUGCCAAAUGUCUUGCAAAUAAACGUUAUUUUUAAAUUUCCUGAAUUUUUACAAAUGUGAAAAAGAGACAGUUUGUUUAUGUAAUUAGUUCAGGAAAAGCCACAUACUGAAGGGCUUCUGUAUAUGAAUCCGGGGAAAGAAAAGCCUAUUUGUAAUCUAUACACUGCAGUUUCAUCUGAGUUUUAAGUUUAGAUUUCAGUGUGUAUUAGUGCUUCAUUCUGUUGAUUUAUUGGAAUGUGUAAUAAAUAGAUCUAGUGGUGUUUGAAAAUACAAGUAUUCAUUAAUGUUUUAUAUCCUCAUAAAAAUUCCAUAGUUAAGAAAGCUGUAUUUUGCCAAUUAAAGAGAUUAAAGAAGUUAUCCUUUAUAAAUAUUAUAAAUGUGUACAAAAUAGACUUGACAAAGGUACAGUAGCUCAGAAUGUUAAAAUAUAACUAGACAUCUUGUAAGAUUUCAAUUCAGUAUGAGGAACAGUUGUUUCUUUCUUUCUUUUUUUUUUUUUUCCUCCAGGGUUAUUGCUGGGCUGGGUGCCUGCACCAUGAAUCCACCGCUCCUGGAGGCCAUUUUUCCCCCUUUUUGUUGCCCUAGUUGUUGCAGCCUCGUUGCGGUUAUUAUUGCCAUUGUUGACGUUGCUUUGUUGUUGGAUAGGACAGAGAGAAAUGGAGAGAGGAGGGGAAGACAGAAAGAGAGGGAGAGAGAAAGAUAGACACCUGCAGACCUGCUUCACCGCCCGUGAAGCGACUCCCCGGCUCGAACCGGGAUCCCGGCUCGAACCGGGAUCCUUACGCCGGUCCCUGCGCUUUGCGUGAACAGUUGUUUCUUAUGAACAGUUUUUAAAAGCUGUCUGAUUUAAUAUUCAGAAGACAGCUAUGUGAAGAAAAAUUAAAAGUGAAGUUUUUAAUGAUUUUAUAGGAGCAUUGGUGAACUAGGCUCGCUAACGAUUGACAAAGGAACAUUUUAUGUUUACCCUCAGUUGAUCAUAUCAGGUCAUUUGCAUGUUAUAAGCCCAAAAGUUUAAGGCAUGGGGGAAAUAACAUGGAUUUCUGUUUGAAGGGCAACAGAAUACUGGUAAGCAGUCUCAUUUGGGCUUUUCAGCUAUGUCAAACUUAAAGUCUAGAAAUACUCAGAGCACCAACCAUUGAUAGAAGGAAACACUGUUCAAUGAUUACUUCUAUUUUAUACACACCUUGGAUUUGUGGAGGUCAUUAUUCCUAACUGACUUUUUAGUAAUAGAAAUCCAGUAUAUAAUGUAUUAAAUUCAUUUGAGGUUCUAAUCUAGUCUGCUAAUCUAACUGAAAUUGGAUUUUUUUUUAAGUAAUAAAAAGUUAAAUGUA